CUUCGACCCCCUUCGUUCUGGUGGGUUGCUGGUACCCUGCGGUUUCCUUGGAAUCAAGCUUAAUUCUAUUUAUAAAUCGAAAUGGCCCUGUGAAUCGAUCGUAUCGUUAUAUCUCUACUCAUCUUUGCCUAGGUCUUUUGGUGUUGAGGCCCACACUAGGUUGGAGACCCCGGCUUAUCAAUCAGUCUCCGUCAUUCUCCGCGCCCUGCACUCUAGCACCACGCGUGAUUAUGGAAGACAACGCCGAGCUCGAGUCGUUUCGACGUCAGUGGAGAGAGGAGGUUGCGCAUCGUGCGAGACCGAGACAGGAACCGUCGCAGCCGAGCCAGAAGCGUCGGACGUCAACUGCCCGACCGAGUCAUUUCCCUCCGACUCGCCACGGAGCGCUCGAGCGCAAAGAAGAGGAGGAUAAUGCCCCGGUGUCGUUCGACCAGGGUGAGAUUGUGGAAGGUGUUGGUCAGUUGAGUCUGGGAGUCAGCGACGAAAAUGCUUUGCAAGCUCAAGAGCCACCUGGGGAACCCGAGUCUGCCCUGGAGCACUUUGAGCGCGCGGUCGAAAAGGAGGCAGAGGGAAGCUUAGGGGACAGUCUGCAGCUUUACCGCAAAGCAUACCGACUGGACUCUACAGUUGACAAAGCGUACCGGCACAAGCAUUUUGCCUGGGCGUGGAAAGAGCCCGCGCAAAAACUAGUCCCCAGUGCUGCUGCGGCGACGACCACAAUCCCACCAGGCCAACAAUCGCAGGAUGAGUCCGAGGCUCUACCGGUCUCCGAGCUUAUCGCGUCCUUUGCCCAUUGUCCGAUUCCGCAGGCGGAACCCAUCAUCGAGGGCGAUACCCCUCCCCCGUGUCCCAUCGCAACCGCGCCGACGGAUGUACUCGUUGAGAUAUUGAAACAGGUUGCCGUGAUGGACCCGGCAUCGCUUGUCCGAAUGUCCUUGGUCUGCAAACGCUUCGCGUACCAUUUCGCCCACGAACAGCACAUUUGGAAACGGAUAUGCCAAGGCGCGGAGUUCGGUUUCAAGGCCAUGCAUUAUUCAUUCGCCUGUGACGUCUUCGGGAUCCCCGAAUAUACUCUGGCCGCCCGCUACACUCCGUUUCCCACGGACGCCCCGGUGCAGAUCCCUCCGCCGUUGUCUUCCUGGAGCGAUGUCUUUCAGAUGUUCCCUCGGAUUCGCUUCACUGGAGUUUACAUCAGUACCGUCAACUACACUCGCCCCGGCGCGGCAUCCUCGUACCAGAAUGUGUCGUGGAACAGCCCGAUCCACAUCGUGACCUACUAUCGGUACCUGCGGUUCUACCCCGACGGGUCGGUCAUCUCCCUACUGAGCACCGUCGAGCCUCUCGAAGUGGUGCCGUAUAUCAGCAAAGAAAACGUUCUGGCGGCACGAGCCACCUCGCACAAGCAACACCAGCGACACGCCUCCGACGCAGGCACUACGCUAGCAGGAGCUUCCGAUCCGAUCCCGUCGGUCGCCAUGGGGGCGUUGAAGUACGCCAACCGGGGUCGCUGGCGUCUUGCCAAGCCCUUCCCCUCAGAAGAGGGCGAGGAAGAGGAUGUCAUGGCCGCCGACCCACUCCCAGACGCCUUUUCGAUGCCCGUGAAAACCGACGACGAUCCCCGCGACGUCGUCAUCGAAACUGAGGGCGUCGGCCCCAAGUACCGCUACCUUCUCUAUCUCUCCCUCCGGUCACCUUCUGCCGGGAAGGCUAACGCUGUCAACCCUUCGCCGUCUGUCCCGUCGAAGAACACGAAACUAGUGUGGAAGGGCUAUUGGAGCUAUAACAAGCUGACGGACGACUGGGCUGAGUUUGGACUACGCAAUGACCGGGCGUUUGUCUUUAGACGUGUGCGCGGAUGGGACAUGGCAUGAACUAUGAACGAAGGUUGAUGAUGUAAAUGUCAUGGGCAUUGGUGAAAGAAUGGAUAGAGGGUCCCCUGGUUACGAUCGGAGAUAUCAAAACUAUAUAUGAGAUAGAUGAGAUCAUGAUACAAAUUGGUUGUCU